AUGAGGGACAAGCAUCUGCAUCUCAUGGUUCAGGUCCCGCUGCUGCCGAGGCACAGCAUAGACUCGUGGGGUUUGCAGGUCAAGCUUGCAGAAAAGUUUGAGAAGGGUAUGGACCUUUCGAAAGCUACCUCUGCAAGCUUGGGUGCUCAGCGGGAUCCAGAUACUCUUUCACUUCGGUCAUCUGAUUCCGUGGAUAACGCUACAUUGGGCUCAUCUAGUGAGAGUAAGGACGUGGAUGUGGUUGGUGAUGGAGAUGAAAGUGUGAGCACUGAAUCUUCCCGACCUAACUCCAGUCCUGCAUUCAGGGAAAUGCUGAAGGGUGGCAAGGGUUUGACACCUGAGGUAGUUAAGAAACUGCGCCGCACCACAGACUUGGCUCUUCAUGCCACUAAACAGACUGCUGCUGCCAUAACAACUCUGCAAGAUGCAGUGAGGAUGAGGAGAAGAAAGGCUCAAUGGCUGGUUUCAGGCAUGUUAAGUCUGUCUUUGCUUAUUGUAGUGAUGGGCAUCUACACCAGCACACGCACUGAGAGCGUCAGCAUCACAGGAUACAUUUCAGGAAUUAUUUUGGCGUUUGGAUCAUUCUUGGGAGUUCUUGGACUAUGCCUGGAGGAAAACCGCAAACAGCUGCUGAUUGCAGCCAUUAUGUUCCUGAGUUUUGGUAUCAUUUCCAGUUUCCUGUGUCUUGUGAUUGAUGGCGUUUUCAUCCUACUCAACAUUGAUAUGCGUCCAGUGAAGGCAGGAAGAUGUCAGUUCUACACAAGUGGAAAUAGUUACAUCUAUGAAAACUACUACGCUACAGUUCCCUGUCGAGGACUAACAGAGUCCUGUAAUAUGAAAAUUCGCAGUGGAACGUGUUACUGUUGUGAUUUGUAUGAUUGCGCCAAUGGAGGAUAUCUGAAUAAUUACUAUGAGUUUGUUGGUGUGCAGAGCUGUCAGGAGGUCUUCUCUCUGUAUAUUCUCCUCUGGGUCUUAACCACGCUUAACCUGCUGGCCUUCGUGUGUGGAAUCCUGACCACUGCUGUACUGGGCAGUAUCAAAGACAUGAGGGCAUCGCUUUAUGUUUCUCCAGCAGCACCUGCAGCCACAGGAUUGAGUGUAUCUCCAGGAUCGUCAUCAGAUACAUCCCAUGUACAGCCCAACCCUCCUCCCUUUGCCCCCCUCUACAACCUGCUACCCUACAAGACCUCCAGCUUCUCCGCUUAGAACAUCUGAAUCCAAACCAAAUACCUUUAGACUUCGCUCCCCUUAAACACAACAUUA